AUGGAGCUUUUGACUGCAAAUUGUGUGUCCACCGAUAACAAACCUCUUGAGCUUUCCAAAUUGGUCAUAGAAGACAACAGCUCCGUUAAAAAGAACACCGAAAGCAACCUUACACUUGUCAAUCAUGGUGCAAAGUUGUGGCAAGAGAGCAGGGAAAAAUGGGUGGGAGAUCAAUCUCGACAAAGAAAAAAACCUACAAAGGAUCAGAUCAUAAGCUGGUCUACUACAUAUGAAGAUCUUCUCUCAACUCAUGAACCUUUCACUGAGUCGAUUCCUUUACCCGAGAUGGUGGACUUUCUGGUCGAUAUUUGGUACGACGAAGGCCUUUAUGAUUAG